AUGUUAGCAUCUCUGCUUCGUGUUAAAUCGGCCUGCAAAGUGUUUUUGCUGCGCUGGGGCACGCAUGGCGACUUUCCUGCUGCCCUUCGAGUUCUCGGGGAUGAAAAGUUCCGGGUCCAGCCAUAUCACAUGGCACAGUACUCAAAAUGA